CCCCGUUUCCGGCCUGGCUGACACGUCCGCAGGAGGCGCGGCACGCGUGGCAGAGUGGGGGAGGAGGCCCCGCCCGGCCUGGCCUUAAAGGCGGGGCGGAUUUUGGCAGAGGGUGAAGGGUGGGUGGCAGGACCGAGUUCCGAGAGCGUCCCGUACCGCGUGGGUCGGUGGUGAUCUGUCCGGAGCUUGCCGGGCUCAGCCCCCUUUCCCUCGCAGCCAUGGCGGAGCGCAUCCUGGUGACCGGCGGCGCGGGGUAUAUCGGCAGUCACUGCGUGCUGCAGCUGGCCGAGGCGGGCUACGAGCCCGUGGUCAUCGACAACCUCCGCAACGCCGCCAGAGGACCCGGCGCGCUCCCCGAGAGCCUGCGGCGCGUGCAGCUUAUCGCGCGGACGCCCAUCGCCUUCCAGGAGCUCGACAUCACGGACGGGGCCGCGCUGCGGGAGCUCUUCAGCAUGCACCGCUUCUCGGCCGUGAUACACUUCGCGGGGUUGAAGGCGGUGGGUGAGUCUGUGCGGCGGCCACUGGAGUACUACGAUGUGAACCUCACCGGCACCAUUCGGCUGCUGGAGGCCAUGGAAGCGCACGGUGUGAGGAACAUCGUGUUCAGCAGCUCCGCCACUGUCUAUGGUGACCCACAGUACCUGCCCCUAGAUGAAAAGCACCCAGUUGGGGGCUGCACUAACCCCUAUGGCAAAUCUAAAUACUUCAUCGAGGAGAUGAUCCAGGACCUCUGCAAAGCAGAGAAGAUUUCCGACUCUCCCCAGGGCUGGAACGCCGUUCUCCUGCGCUAUUUUAAUCCCAUUGGUGCUCAUGAGUCUGGAAUGAUUGGAGAGGACCCUCAGGGCAUCCCCAACAACCUCAUGCCCUACGUGGCACAGGUGGCAGUGGGGCGCCAGGAAUUCCUGAGUGUGUUUGGGAGCGACUACAAGACGGUAGAUGGGACGGGUGUUAGGGAUUACAUCCAUGUUGUAGAUUUGGCCAAGGGACACAUCGCUGCUUUGAAGAAGCUCAAAGAGAACUGUGGUUGCAAGAUCUACAAUCUGGGCACCGGCACAGGCUACUCUGUCCUGCAGAUGGUCCAGGCCAUGGAGAAAGCCUCAGGGAGGGAGAUCAAGUACAAGAUCACGGACCGGCGGCAGGGAGAUGUGGCUGCCUGCUAUGCUAACCCAGAGCUUGCUGAGCGUGAGCUGGGCUGGAAAGCUGCCUUUGGCCUGGACAAGAUGUGUGAGGACCUGUGGCGGUGGCAGCUGCAGAAUCCCACGGGAUACAGCAAGAACUGAGCCCAGGCCUGAAGGCUCAUUCCGCGGUCCUCGGAUCAGGGCCUGCUCCCCACCUGCCUCAGUGCUUCCUCAUCCUCACCCCACCGGAUCCUCUGCAUCUCACAGAGCUGAGCCAGGGCCCAGCCUCAGUACACAGGGCACUAAAUCACCUCACAGAAAGGUCUGGGAGUUGGCACAGGAGGGUGCAUGAGGAUGCAUACUGCAGCUGGGUCUGCAUCCAGUGCUCAGAUAUGCGGUCUUGGGUGCCUAAACUGCAGAGGAAAUUGCUCAUUCCCUACAGCCCCAGCCCUGGGCCCCAGGAGGAGGCCUGGGCAAGGAACUGUUUACCCACACCUCCUGCAUGGUCCUAGGCCUUCCUCUCUUCCCCAACAGGACCACAGCCUGAGGCCCGCAGGGACCAGCCCCUGAUGGCUGCCAGGGUCUCCCCUCCCUCCCCCUCCUCUCAGGUGGCUUUAGAGACCAAGUCUUGCCUGUUGUGUGCUGCUGCAUGGCUGGAGGAGCCCCAGCCUGCGGCCAUGAGGGCUCCGGUGUCUGUUUCUGCUUCCACAGUGCCUGUGCAGCUGCUUCUGUAAUCAUGUUUCUAAAGGUUGCUCAGGAGCAAGCUCUGCUUGGCUGUCACACACUGAUCCUAUUUAUUACUGGCAGCAAUACUGACUCCCUUAGGAAAUGGUGACUCAGCUAGCCCAGUUUGCUGUCAUGUAGAUUAAUAACUUAUGUUACUAAAUUAUGAAUAGAGCUUUUGAUUCGUUUCUAAAUAAAUUUUCUUACUUUCUAA